AUGAAAACUAAUCGAGUAAAACCAAAAUUAGUUUUGGAAUCCCUGAUGGGAGAUCCAGUUUUGUCCCACUGGAUCGGCCCAGAAGGUAUCGCAGCAGGAACAGCCUUAGGGCGCAUUUCAACCUACCUUUUUCCACAAAAAGCUGAUUCAAAUAAGGCAUCAGGGAGCCCUUAUAAAUCAAAAUCAGAUUAUUCUGGAAACAAGGAAGUAAACCACGUAGUUAUUCCCGUCGAGGUGGAGGAUAGCCCGCGGGAUGUGGAGUCAAACCCAGCCGACUCCUGCAGCAUUAGUAGUAAAAAUGACACUAAUGGCAGCAAAAAUUGUAACAUAAAAGACGAGAGUGAUCUCGAGGGCGGAAGAUACUCAGUAUUCGCCACCUACAGCGACGAGCCUGUGUACAGCGUGUUUGUAAACGAGAACACUCUAGUUUGCUUAAUUGGCACAAGCUACUUGAUGAUUUACGACACUGUAAACUAUAAGGUCUUAAGCCAGUGUUCUCUGCAUUUGACCAGCUCAACCAUCAAAGGCUUUAAACAAGUCAUACAGGACGACAAAUUUGUCCUUGUGUCCUCAAUAAAGGGAAUUGUACUAAUAAAUUUGACCAACAGUGAAAUACACCUCUUGAACAACAAGUCAAUCAUCAACAGCAACAUUUUAUCAUUUCAGUUCCCGUACAUUUCAACCACCAGCUUCAAUUACGAAGAUAAGCAUGAGAAGUUGAUAGGCGUCUACAAGGUACACUUGAAAGGAGCGAGUGUGUACAACCGAGACACUCAUUUCAACACCAGGUGCGACGACAGCGGCUUGCAAGUGAUGAAUGAACUUGUUCUAAAGGAGAAGAAGAUUUACCUAAUCACAAUGUGUAAAUUAUGGAGCCGCUAUAUAGUUGUAGUUUGUGAUCUUCUAACGAUUCUACUGUACAAUAGAGAGGACAAUUGCUUACACGUAGGUUUUGUUACCACUGUCGGCUCCGUAAAGCGUAAAACUCUGAAACAUGACAUUUUAAGCAUCAAUUCUGAGUUUGAAGAUUAUUUUAUCAUGUUGAAUAAAAACAGCACUCUGAACCUGGUCAAUUCAAACUUGGAUAUAUUACACACUUUUAACCUAUAUCCAUCAACAUUUGAAAUUGGUUGGAGUUACAAUGUAGUCAGUUAUAAGAAUUUGAUUUCGUUCAAUUCUGAUGAGGGUAUUUACUACAUGAAAUUACCUGAAAACUCAACACACGCCUAA